GGAUGAUGGUUUAGUUUCAUUUGUUUAGUUUUUAGAUCAGUGUUUGAGGUGUCUGCUUCCACCUAACAAUAAAAUAAAGGUGAAAAGGAUUUCUUUUGUAGAGCUCAUAGCAUUAAUAAAUGAUAAAAGCUCAGUUAGAGAAGCCAGAUUACUGCUAUAAAUGGUCCAAAGAACAUUCGUGACCCACUCUUCUCGUAGACGACGCUGAAGUUAGCUUCCGAUUGGGAGUCAAGGGGAAAGUCAAGGCAAUAAUGUAAAGUCUGGACUAAAUAAACAAAGAGACUCCGGAUACUCUUUAAAAGCACAGUUUCAGAUUUGUGAAAUCGCCCUUUUUCCUGUUGGUUUUCACAUAUAGAAUAAAGCUGAAAGUGGGUUUAAGCAGCGUUAGGGCUUUUGCUACAAUGUCUAACACGUUUUUCAUAAGUGUAAGUGGUGCAAAAACGGAGAUUAAGAGAAUCGGCCGCUAAAUAUCAAUAUUUAUGUUUCCCUUAACUUUCCCCUUAACCCCGAAUCGGAAACUAAUUUCAGCGUUGUUUUUUUUCGUAUGGACUAUUUGUUUGUUAGAAAGUAGUUCCAAUGAAAACUGUACACACUAUUUAGAUAUUAAUUUUUUAAAGGUGGAAGUACAGCUCGAUUAUUUGAACGUUUAAUAUCGCCAUGGUCAUGUAUAGAAAAGAAUAAACUAUGUCUGCCAUGUGUUGUGUAGCUAGUUCAUUGUAAGUGAGCUAACAAUGAGCCAACUGGCGUAAGUAGUCAUUAUUAACGAGCUAACUGGCGCCGUUUGUCUCCGAGUUAACCAAAAGUUGCCAUGGUAACCUGCAGUUUACCUCGUGUACUAAUCUCGAACGGCGGUUAAACUUGGUCGGAACUAUGUUUGAAGCGUUCUGACGAAGUUUAACGAACACCUAGUAAGAGCCAUGUUCAGAAACGAGUAUUUUCAUGUUAUAAUUUUGCUAAAACUAGCCAAUAUUAGUUAUUUGUUGUUUUUUUUUUACUUGUUUGAGGUGUUAGAGAGAUUGACAUGUGUGAGGUGAUGACCCCGCAGUGACGAAGGCGCAUCAGCUGUGGUGUGUGUGUGUGUGUGCGUGUGUGUGUGUGACGCUGUUUGGGUUUCUCAGCAUCAUUCACCGCCACACCCUCCUCAUAGUGCAGCAGCGGCAGCAGCAGCAGUAGCAGCAUGACGAUGUUGCGAGUCUCCUUGCUAGUUUUGGCUCUCACAGCAGUCUGCAAUGGCAUCCUCCCAGAGAUAGUGGACUCAGGGAUCAGCCACAUCCUGGAGGAUAAUUCCGCCCAGGGACAAACAGACCUGGACCGCAUGUUUGUGGAAGUGGAGCAACUCCCGGAGGAAAAGCAGCACAAGACUGAGAGGAACAACGACAGUGCCGGUGUUAACCCUACUGACAAAGUGAAUGAAUCUGUCCACGCCUCUGAAGUCCAAGAGACAAAUGACAUUGCUACCACAACCGUCCAGUCCAGUGACCUGGGAAACAAUAUUGAUCAUGGAUGCAUUACCAACGAGGACUGUGGGAAGGGGAGGUACUGCCUAGAUGACACACACAACUCCAAGUGUCUACCUUGCAAACCAAUCGAUGUUCCCUGUACUAAGGAUGAUGAGUGCUGUGGUGAACAGUUGUGUGUUUGGGGUCAGUGCACUCAAAAUGCAACAAAAGGAGAGGCGGGCAGCACUUGUCAGUAUCAGACUGACUGCAGUCCAGACCUCUGCUGUGCUUUCCAUAAAGCCCUGCUCUUCCCCGUCUGUUCUGCAAAGCCCAUUGAGCGUGAACGCUGCUUCGGUGCCUCUAACCACCUGAUGGAGCUGUUAUCCUGGGACAUCCAGGACAAGCGACCCAGAAAACACUGUCCUUGUGCGGGGGAUCUCCACUGCCAGCACCUGGGGCGAGGGUCCAUGUGCCUUAAAAGAGAGGACUCAAGUGAAGAGGACCUGACAGACACUCUAUACUCAGAGAUAGACUACAUAAUCUAAUCAAAGCUGGAUUUGAUUCAGAUUGCCUUGCAAACAAUAAGACGAGUGUCUCCUCUGACUCAUUGCACUUUCUAUUUGCCAACUUAAUCCAAGGUGGUAAAACUAUACUGCAUGAGAUAUGGCUGAAAAUAUAUGUAUUUUAUUUGCUGUGAUUGAAAACUGAGGUUUACAAUCCUUAAAGGUUUCUGAAAAUGUAGAUAUAAAAGUCACUAAUAGAAACAUUAUAUUUACAAAGAGUUUCUUGACUAUUUGCUGCAUCUGUAUAUAAUAUUGUAACUUUAACCUUAAACUAAUGCUAAUCCUAGACUUUAAAAUUAACUGCAACACACUGAAUAUGACUCUAGACACUACUUUCUAGAUUACUUGCUUCAGUGUUCAGAUAUCAUCUUCAUCACAUCGUCACCAGCUGAUACUAUGUUGAGGAGCAUCUGUCCAUAUUAAGUGAGACUGAGCCGCCCUGUUUUAGGCCUCACUCAAAAAUGAAAGCUUUAUGUACUGUGUGACCAAUGCAACAGUAUCACAGAAGCAGGCAAUAAACAUUGUUUGGGUUUUGAAGAAUUACUCCGAUCAUCGUCCUUAAUCAUAUACAAAUGUACAUGUUUUUUUGUUUUUUUUGUCUAGAUCUGGUGUUUUGUAAACUUUUCAUAGCUACUGUGACAGUGACUUCAGCGGUUGGCCCCUAGAAAGCUUCUUUUCAUCAUCUUUUGUUUCAAAAAUGAAUAAAAUUCUAGCUGCUUCAAUGUCCUUAACAAUUAUUAUUCCUUUCCUUUACUCCCCCGUAUCACUUUAGAAAAUGUUUUGGCAAACCAAUAUCUGCCAAAAUCCUCAUGUUGUUUAGUUCCACAGAGGUACUGUACAUUUUUGCUAAGACCUCAAUAUUUCAACUGGACAGGCAAAAGAAAACAAUGUCCAUCAUGAUUGACGGUUUGAUUUGUGUGAUGGUUGACUACUGGCAUUCAAUGACUCUCAUAUUACAGUUGCAUUUAGGUACAAACAAAAGAUAUUGGUAAGAUUUCAUGUUGGGUUAGGUACAGAACCUUUAAACUGUAAUAAUGCACCAUGUUCUGGUCCUCUGAGCUGAAUAGUCCAUUGGAAAUGUUGGGCAGCAGUGAACCAAGAUGAACUUCCCAGCUUUAGAAGCUUUAAUUAAGUAACCAGUUUAUUAGGUACACAUGUAAAACCCAAUGCGGUCAAUUCAAAUGCACUGUGAAGAAUCUGUUUGAUCAGUUUUUGUUGACGAAGUGUUAGACAGCUGUUCAUUCAACUUAACUCUAACAUUGUGUCCCCAAAGUAGUCAUUAUAAGCUUCACAAAGAUACGAUUUGUUACAGGGCUGUUGGAUUGCAGUAGACUGUAGAACUCUUUCUCAAGUGGAAGUACCAAAAACUGUCUUGAAAGGGCCAGUAGUCACCAUUUUAUUUUUCCUUAAACCUCUUUCUGUGAAUCUUAAUUAAAUAUUUCAUAGAAAAACAAAUUACUGUUACUUAACCAGCAAUUAUCAGAACAAAUACCUGUUCAGCCACACCUUUUGUUCUGCUUGCAUUUACAAUUUUAGUGCAAAUUUUGAUUUAUCAAAGCGCUGUUGUCUACUCCAGCCUGCAUUACACACUUCUGCAGUCCCAAAACAUGCCAUCAGUCACCAAUACUUCAUGAUGCUUGUAUGUGUUUUGUGUAAUGUACAGCAACAUGACAUACCUUUUCAACAUCCAGGCUGGAAGGUAUGUUAUCAAUGCAAGCAAUACCUCGGUAUGUGUAUGUGUGUUAAUGUAAAGAAUAAGCUCUGAACUGUUGUUCAGCACCUGGAACCUGCCAUGCAUUGCUUUAAAAAAUAAAUAUGUUUUUUAACAUCUACUCUUUAAAAAGGUGAGCAGCAUUUGUCAUAUUAAUUUAACAUAAAUUGAAGGUGAGUUGAAAAGCCAUUUUAAUUUACAGUGAGAGAAAACUGCAGUUAUGAAAAAAAGCAUUUUAAUACAUUUCUAAAAUCAUCUUAAACUAUUUUCACACAGGAUUUAAAUCUCAAAGAAAUAAACAUCAACAACAACAAAAAAAAAAAGAAUUUCUUCAGAUAUUGGCAUUUCUACAGUGAAUAGCUGGUGGCAGCAUCAGAAGCCCAGAGGGACCGAGAUGCUGAGCUUCAGUCCUCAGAGGAGUAGCCCAGGCGGACUGAGAAGUCCAGCGGGCUUUCUACACCUUCUUGUGUCAAUCUAUCAAGCAGCAGCAGGUAGAAGCGCCAAAACAACCUCACACUCUCUCCCAAAAACCCAGAGAGAGCUCCUUCACCCUCAGUACAACACCACACACACACACAUGCGGAUGACACUAGAGAUGUACACCCAGUUCACAUGGUGCAAAAACAAAGAAAUU